GCUGCGUAGCGUUAACCAGUUGUAAUUGCUGAGAAAUGUGGUCUGGGACACUCUCGAUGAACUGGGAACUCAGCAACUGCGCCUCUGGUUUUUCAUCCAAAGUGGGAAGCGCACGUCGAAGUAGAUUCGUCAAUUUCACCGCCAACACUAACGGAUUUCCAUCAGGUCCGAGCUUCGGUGAACGGAACUGCUGCAUUGUCAGCUGUCUGUCUGUUGGACUGUCGAACUCCGACACCAAUCGUUCAACCAAUGUCUCCCAAGACGCUGUGCCAUCUGACCUCUCUACGCUGUCAUAUGCCGCCUUCGCUCGGCCUCUCAACAGCGUCCCCAGCACAACCGCCUUCGCCGCUUGCUCUUUGACACCCACCAACUCAGCAACGGCCUCGAAAUCACGUAAGAAGCUCCGUAUGUCUCCUUCUUCAAACGCAGUUGGCCAUGGGAUCUUCAUUGUUCGGAGGCAGCGACACCAAUUGUAACAACAGAAGGCAAGAGUCAGGCAACAGAUUGUUUAUUAAGGAAAAUCAACACA